AGAUGUGAUAGAAACUCUUGUGUUUUGGAACCUUCAUGAGCCUAAACCAGGACAGGUCUUCUUCUAAACGUUUAUAUAAAAAAUAGAAACAGACGUAUAGACAUACUCAUGUUAAUGUUGGUAAUUGGAUACUGUGUCUCUGUGUGUUUUACAGUUUGAUUUCAGUGGAAGAAGGGAUCUUGUAAGGUUCAUAAAGGAGAUUCAAGCCCAAGGUUUAUAUGCCUGCGUCAGGAUUGGACCGUUCAUUCAGGGUGAAUGGGGUUAUGGGUAAACCACUACUCUUUUGACAUUUUACUUUUAAUUUGAUAAUGUAGAUAUAUACAUAUCCAGAAUGGGGUGUCUUCGAUCUCAAGGUUGUAACUACCAACUUAAAUCUUCAACACCAUUAAUGUCCUUCUUGGUAGAAGAUUUCCUCUGGACAGCUAAUUGGGAUGUGGAUAAAGGAUGGAGAGAACACAGUAAAAUUGGGUAUUAGAGCAUGGUAAAAAAGAAACGUGGAAGUGCAGGUAAAGCUUCAUCAAGUGUCGGGUGGAAGAAAUAUUCUUGUGUUGCUGUGAGUAAGAAACCUAGCAUGGAGAUAAUGUAAGAACAUUUGCCAGUAAAGCUUAGAUUGACCUAAAAGGGAUUGACCUGAAUUGUGUUAUGUGUAGAGGGCAUGUGGAGUCAUAGGAGCAUCUGGUCCAGAAAUGUGAGUAUUCGACCAUGGUACGGAAAAUCAGGCCAUUGAGAUGUACACAGCUAUUGCAUUCUUGUUUUCAUGAUUGGUUGCAACAUAACUUGGGCAACGCAAAUGUUCAUGUAAGGCUUGGUUUAUGGUGCUUUUAUGGGGCAUUUGGAGUAAAACCAAUGCAUAUAGAGUGGGAGAUGGUAGGAGCAUGUUACUCUUGCUUUAAAGUCGCAGACAGCUUUCUAUGAGAUGGAGCAAAUAAACAAUCCACAGGACUUGGAAGGGAGGCAGCUUUCAAAAUGUAGUCAUUUUUCAACAAUAUCAAACCUGGAAACUACCACCUGAAGGCUUCUAGAAGCUUGAUUCAGAUGUUUGUUUUAGUGAUAGGGAAUGGAUAGGGUUGGGGAUGAUUUUAGGGACUGCCGGUGAAAGGUAUUAUUUGUUGGCAUGAGACGGAUUCCAUCACCGAGCACAGUGGAGAUGGCAGAGAUCCUUGCAUUGAGGGGUUUACCAAUCUGGUUGCAUGAUGUUCCGGGAAUAGUUUUCAGAUCAGACAAUGAACCAUUCAAGAAUCACAUGCAACAAUAUGCAAAAAUAAUAGUAAAUUUAUUGAAGUCUGAGAGGUUAUUUGCUUCACAAGGAGGACCAAUUAUACUCUCACAGAUUGAAAAUGAGUAUGGAAUGGUCCAGAAAGCUUUUGGUGAGAAAGGGAAAGCUUACCUUCAGUGGACUGCAAAGUUGGCUGUAGAGCUUGAUACUGGCGUGCCAUGGGUGAUGUGCAAGCAAGACGAUGCUCCUGACCCUGUGAUCAAUGCAUGCAAUGGGAGGAGAUGUGGAGAAACAUUUGCCGGACCCAAUUCACCAAAUAAACCAGCAAUUUGGACUGAGAAUUGGACAACUUCCUAUGAAGUUUAUGGCAAAGAACCAAGACUACGAUCAGCUGAAGAUAUUGCAUUUCAUGUCGUGCUGUUUAUUGCAAAGAAAGGAAGCUAUGUGAAUUACUACAUGUAUCAUGGUGGAACAAAUUUUGGCAGAACUGGUUCCGAAUAUGUACUGACAAGUUAUUAUGAUAAAGCUCCUUUGGACGAAUAUGGUCUGCUUAGGCAACCAAAAUGGGGUCAUCUUAAGGAAUUACAUGCUGCUAUCAAAUUAUGCUCAAGGCCUUUGCUUUCUGGGGUUCAGAUGAAAAUGAGUCUGGGUGAUCAACAAGAAGCAUUUGUCUUCAGAGAGAAUUCACAAGUAUGUGCUGCAUUCCUUGUAAACAAUGAUAUAAGAAGAAACGUUACGGUCCAGUUUCAAAACAUUUCGUACGAAUUGCCUCCAAAGUCGAUUAGCAUCUUGCCAGACUGCAAGAUUGUAGCCUUUAACACAGCUAAGGUAACCACACAGUAUACAACAAGGUCAAUGCAACCAAGUAAGAGGUUUGAUUCGAUUGAGAUUUGGGAAGAAUAUAAAGAAUCCAUCCCUACUUUUGAUGAAACAUCAUUACGGGCAAACACAAUAUUGGAGCAGAUGAAUACAACGAAGGAUACAUCUGAUUAUCUUUGGUACACUUUCAGAUAUGAGCAUCAGUCCAGUAAAACUAAAUCUGUGCUCCGUGUAGAACACCUUGGCCAUGUACUACAUGCAUUUGUUAAUGGACAAUUUGCAGGAUCUGGACAUGGGAGUUUUGACCAGAAAAGAUUCAUAAUGGAGAAUACUAUCUCUUUAAACAAUGGAACAAACUAUGUCUCCUUACUCAGUGUAACGGUUGGAUUACCUGAUUCAGGACCUCAUCUAGAGCGACGGGCGGCCGGAUUACGGAGUUUGAGAAUUCAGAGAACAAAAGGGUAUCUUGAUGAUUUUCAAGACUAUCCAUGGGGAUAUCAGGUUGGGUUGGUAGGAGAGAAAUUAAAAAUUUACACAGAGAACGGAGCAAGAAAAAUCCAGUGGAGCAAGCAUAACAACUCCACUCAUCAACCACUUACAUGGUAUAAGACUUUUUUUUAUGCCCCCCCUGGAAGAGACCCUGUAGCACUGGAUCUUGGGUCUAUGGGAAAGGGUGAAGCUUGGAUUAAUGGGGAGAGCAUUGGUCGAUAUUGGGUCUCAAUCCUUACCAGAGGAAGUCCUUCACAAACAUGGUACAACAUCCCUCGAUCCUUUCUAAAAACUACUGGAAACUUACUGGUGAUAUUCGAAGAAGAAAAAGGAAACCCUGCUGAAAUAUCAGUUGAUACUGUGUCAAUCACAAAAGUAUGUGGCCAAGUGAGUAAAUCACAUCCUCCUCCAGUAAUUUCAUGGCGAGGCCAGCAACAAGAUGAACCUGUUGAAAAGACCAGACACCAUGGGAGGAGGCCUAAAGUAAAUCUUCGGUGUCCUCCGGGAAGGAACAUUUCUAAAAUCUUGUUUGCAAGUUUUGGAACACCUUCUGGUGACUGCCAAAAUUAUUCCGUUGGAGCCUGCCACUCUUCUCAUUCUCUGCCUGUUGCCAAAAGGGCUUGUGUAGGGAAGAAUAAGUGCUCGAUUCCAUUACGGAAUGAUAGAUUUGGAGGAGACCCAUGUCCAGGCAUAUCCAAGUCAUUGCUUGUUGAUGCACUAUGUACAUGAAACCACCAUAACCAUUCAUCUUGCAGAGAAUAGUUUUUUUUUUUUUUUGAAAAAAAAGUUUAAUGUUAAUAAAAUUGGUCUAAUUUUGGUAUAAAUUUACAUUAAUUUUUAAUUUUCUGU